CAUCUCUUUCGACAAGCUGAGAAAGGGAGGUUAAGCCGGUAAGCUCACCACCCGCUCUUAGAAUUCUCCUCCGCCAUGAACAUCUCAUCCACCUCCUCCUCCUCCCCUAGUUCUCGUACCUACCGCGUCUCCUUGGACUUGGAUCUGUAAAUCGAUUAGGUUGGCUGGAAGCGAAGGCGGGAAAGAUGCCAUAAGAAGAUGGUCCAGGUUUGCAAUCUCCUCCGCCGACAACACGAGGAGGCCUACGGAGCCCGUUUCGCGGUGGACGCCUGUUGCGAUGAUAUCAAGAAUUAUUCUUCCUCGAAGUUGAGAUCGAUGGCCGAGGAGCCUUCUCGAACCAUAACACCGGAAGAGGAAGAAGAAGAGGAGAAGGAGGAAGAAGGCGACCCCGGUACCUCCUCCGGAGAUUGGCUCCGAUUAGGCCUGGCGUCGCCGCCGUCAGAGCGCGCUGAGGGACGACAGGUAUUGACCGAGCUCCAGCUGUUGAGAGAUAGGCCUUCGUCUUCGUCAUCAUCCGUGGUGCCGGUGGUAGGGUUGGCCCCGCCGCAGAUGCCCUGGGGAAGUUGGAAGCCCGGUGAGAUGAUCGGAGCUGAUGUGUCGUCUGUGCCGAUGCUGGCCAUUCCGGAGUUCACGACCGCCCAGUUUGCGCGCCCACUUGGGAGCCCCGGGGCGUCGGCGGAGUCUGGCAUCGGUAUAAGGGUGGUUAGUCCACCGAGAAGACAAACGGGCAUUUGGCUCAUACUUCAGGCUGCUCCAAAUCAAGGAAGACAGCCUUUUUUGCCUCAGAUACCUAGAAGCUACUUGAGGAUAAAGGAUGAAGGCCUGACGAUUAGUUUGCUGAUGAAGUACUUGGUGAAGAAGCUGGGCUUGGAGGAUGAAUCAGAGGUGGAGAUUACAUGCAGAGACCAGCAGCUUCUUCCCUUCUUGACCUUGCAAUAUGUUCGAGAUAACAUAUGGUGUUUGCGGGAUAUGAUGUCCAUGCUUGUUGAUCCUCCCAGCAUUGAUCAUGUGAUGACAUUGCAGUAUAGGAGAGGCAGGGAUCGAUAUCGAUCGAUGUCUGCGCCACUCUUUUUGUAAUCAACCAUUCUGCUAAUCUUUCCAAUGCGACUCCUGUUAUUUCUGUUCUUCCCAAUAUGAUUCAUUCAGCAGCAAGUGGAGAGAACAUGACGCCUUAUGAAGUAAAAAUUUCCAGGUAAUCUUACCGUGGUACAUUGUUCCUCAGCUAAUUCAGCAAACUCUGAUGUCUGCUGCAAUCUUCAAUCCUGUUUCUGCUGACUUCCAACUUUCUCAAUGUACAGCCAGAUGGAUACAUAUGAUUUUGUUCCUGCUGAUAUGCUUGGAUGUCAGGUGCUACAACCUCUUCUUUUUUGCUGCACUCAAACCUGAGAAAAGACCCAUAAAUUUCAUCAGAUAGUUUGUACUGAAGGAUAUGUAAUGGUUCAAUUACAUGUACAAGCACAACUUACAAAUCAUAACAAGGUUUAAAUUGUCAGUC